UCGUUAAGGGCUCGGCGCGGGCGACCGGCGGGUGAGCUCGCGGUGCGCAGGCGCGGGUUUUCUCCUAGGUCUCCGCGGCUCGACUUCUGGGCUGCGUGCUUGAGCGGCGGCGGCGGCGGCGGCGCAUCACCGACACCAUGAGCGGCUUCACCAGCGAGGAGCGCGCCGCGCCCUUCACCCUCGAGUACCGCGUCUUCCUCAAAAAUGAGAAAGGACAGUAUAUUUCUCCAUUUCAUGAUAUUCCAAUUUAUGCAGAUAAGGAUGUAUUCCACAUGGUGGUUGAGGUUCCACGCUGGUCAAAUGCAAAAAUGGAGAUUGCUACAAAGGACCCUUUAAAUCCAAUUAAGCAAGAUGUGAAAAAAGGAAAACUCCGUUAUGUUGCAAAUUUGUUCCCAUAUAAAGGAUAUAUCUGGAACUACGGUGCCAUCCCUCAGACAUGGGAAGAUCCAGGACACAGUGACAAACACACUGGCUGUUGUGGUGACAAUGAUCCAAUUGAUGUUUGUGAAAUUGGAAGCAAGGUGUGUGCAAGAGGUGAAAUAAUCAGAGUGAAAGUUCUGGGCAUACUAGCUAUGAUCGAUGAAGGUGAAACUGACUGGAAAGUCAUUGCCAUUAAUGUGGACGAUCCAGAUGCUGCCAAUUAUAAUGAUAUUUCUGAUGUUGAACGCCUGAAACCCGGCUACUUAGAAGCUACUGUUGACUGGUUUAGAAGGUAUAAGGUUCCUGAUGGAAAACCAGAAAAUGAGUUUGCAUUCAAUGCAGAAUUUAAAGACAAGGACUUUGCAAUUGACAUUAUCAAAAGCACUCAUGAUUAUUGGAAAGCAUUGGUGACUAAGAAAACAGAUGGGAAAGGAAUCAGUUGCAUGAACACCACAGUGUCAGAGAGCCCCUUCAAGUGUGAUCCUGAUGCUGCCAAAGCCAUUGUGGAUGCUUUGCCACCACCAUGUGAAGCUGCCUGCUCACUACCAACAGAUGUGGAUAAAUGGUUCCAUCACCAGAAAAACUGAGUCCUCUGGAAUACAAGCUGAUACUGCUGCAUCCUGUUCACCUGGAAGCAUUAGACGCAAAAGUGUAGUGGUUUUUCAAAGCUUUAAGUUUCUGUAACUUACCUAAUGAAGCAGAUUCUGCUGUGACUGAUCCAGUAUGUGCAGAAGGCUAGCCAUCCAGACACGUCACAUCUCAGCCAAGACAGCUUUUUACUACAUGUUAGCUCUCAAAAAGCCAUGGUGUCAUUUAAGUCAUUUGUGCGUAGGUGUGCAAGGUGAACACCGAUUAGAUGUAUAUGUUUACUGUGUUGGGAAAUAAAAUUAUUUUACUGAAA